UCACAUUGCAGAGCAUAGGAGCGCACAGAGCUGACUGGCACGGUAGUGAUAAUUGCAAUUGGGAAUACGUUUAACAAAGCGAGUCGCUUCAAAGUGCUUAUUAUAUCCGCUAUUCAGCAGCAAACUAGUGCUGUAUUACUCAGCUACGAGUUACUGUGUAAAAGGCUUGCCAAAUCUAAUUUGGAACUAAAAGUUUGACACAGAUUGUGAAUUCGUAGUUGUGUUGCGCGAUGGGGAAACACAACAGCAAGCUGGCUCCGGAGGUUCUGGACGACCUGUCAAAGAGUACAGAGUUCAACGAGAGCGAGCUGAAGCAGUGGUACAAGGGCUUCCUGAAGGACUGUCCCACCGGCAUCCUCAACCUGGAGGAGUUCCAGCAGCUCUACGUCAAGUUCUUCCCGUACGGAGAUGCCUCCAAGUUCGCACAGCAUGCCUUCCGGACGUUCGAUAAGAACGGGGACGGGACCAUCGACUUCCGGGAGUUCAUCUGUGCCCUGUCCAUAACAUCCCGGGGCAGCUUUGAGCAGAAACUCAACUGGGCCUUCAACAUGUACGACCUGGACGGAGACGGCAAGAUCACACGCAUGGAGAUGCUGGAGAUCAUUGAGGCGAUCUAUAAGAUGGUGGGCACGGUGAUCAUGAUGCGCAUGAAUGAGGACGGGCUGACCCCGCAGCAGCGCGUCGACAAGAUCUUCAGCAAGAUGGACAGGGAUCACAACGACGAGAUCACGCUCGAGGAGUUCAAGGAGGCAGCCAAGAGCGACCCCUCCAUCGUGCUGCUGCUGCAGUGCGACAUGCAGAAAUAGAUGAGGGAGAGGGAAGAGAGGGAGAAGGGAGAGGGGGAGAGGGACUCCCACAGCAUCUGGAGCUAGCAGGGGUGUGCUGGGACCAGCUUAUCUGUUUAUGUUACUCGCCAGCUUCGGUACCGUAAUGUUUUUACGGCUCCCCUCAGAGUUGUUUAGUACACUUUUUAGUUCAGUUGGGAUAGAGCCGUCCUCUCGCCCAUGUUGGUCCACAGGUAUUAGUGCCCCCACCCAAUCUUCUCUGUGCUGAGCAGAGCGUCCUUUUUUAGAGGAAAUAUUGAAUUUGGGUGCCACCUGUUUUUCCCUCUAACUGGAAAGGGAUUAGCUGUCUAGCAAAGGAAGAAAGAAAGAAAGAAAGAAAUAGAUAUGGUUCAAUGUGUGGAACGGAGCUGCUCAGUAGCGUUGUACCCUCUGCUGGGACUUGUCCAGUAUAUUUGAAAUUAAAAGUUCUAAUGCACAAUGAUUAGGGAAGCAGUAAAAAAGGUACUGAAGUUAAUAAAGGGUGAAAUCCAAGGGACUUUUCCUUUAAUAUCUUUUUAAUGCAAAAAAAUACAAAGAAAUGGGGAUUCCUACUCUUUGACCACUGUGUGUCAGUAAUGUUCAAUUUGAAGUGCCAAUGAAGAGACUUUUUCCCGGGACAAAUUGAUUGUAUAUAAGGAAGUUUAGAUCUGUCAAUUUUAAAAUUCCCUGCGUGCCAUAAAUUAACUAACAGGCGUUCGGGCUGUUGAAGCCUAAACUACUUUGAAACCUGAGAUUUAAAAUAACUGGUAGAUUCAAAGUUCCAAGCAGAUUUCACAGGUAAAAUGUCGUGUUAAUUUUGUCUGCACAUCCCUGCUCUUAGCCGGCCCCUCCUCUCCCAGCUCCUAUUAAACUGAGUCUCAAAGGCAGACCGAACAAAGCUUUUUAAUCCUAGGGCAACUCCGGUCAAAGUGCUCUAACCAGAAGCACUGGAGUUCCUUUAGAUCUGUGACUCUGGAAACAAGUUAAAGACUUCAUACUUCUUACAUGAGAAACAACCCAGGCAGAACUGCAGUAAAUGAGCAUUGCAUUGCAGUUACAGGCUGCAGUUUAAAGCAACUGGCCACUAUACAUUUUUUUUU